CAAUUGCUACUAACCAACAACCCUCAUCCAUCUUACCCUCUUUCUCUCUCUCUCAAUCUCUCUCUGUUAAACAGAUCCAUCUUAUCUUCAUUAAUUAAUUGCAGGCAAAAUACAAACAAUAAAAAUGGUGAAAGGUCCGGGUCUCUACUCCGACAUCGGCAAGAAAGCCAGGGAUCUUCUUUACAAGGAUUAUCAGAACGACCAUAAGUUCACUCUAACUACAUACACCUCCAACGGCGUCUCCAUCACAUCAACAGGAAACAAGAAAGGUGACUUAUUUUUGGGUGAUGUUUCCACCACUUUCAAGAACAAAAACAUCACAACCGAUGUUAAAGUUGACACAAAUUCCAAUCUUUUCACAACUAUAACCGUUGAUGAAGCUGCACCAGGGCUGAAAACCAUCCUUAGCUUCAUUGUUCCUGAUCAGAGAUCUGGAAAGGUGGAGCUCCAAUACUUUCAUGAGUAUGCUGGCAUAAGUAGUAGUAUCGGCUUAACAGCAAAUCCCAUAAUUAGCUUCUCUGCUGUCGCUGGAAACAACGGUCUCUUUGUUGGGACUGAUCUUACAUUUGACAUUUCUUCUUCCAACUUAACUAAAUGCAAUGGUGCCUUCAGUUACGCCACGCCUGAUCUCAUUGCUUCCCUCGUACUGAAUAACAAGGGAGACAGUCUUGCUGCUUCAUACUACCAUAUAGUGAGGCCUUUGACAAAUACAGCAGUUGGUGCAGAGAUAACACACAGCAUUUCCAGCAACGAGAAUGUUCUCACAAUCGGAACACAGCACGCUUUGGACCCUCUAACAUCGGUUAAGGCUCGUGUGAACAACUAUGGCAAGGCCAGUGCUCUCAUUCAGCACGAGUGGCGUCCCAAAUCUCUCCUCACUAUCUCUGGGGAAGUCGACACCACUGCUAUCCAGAAAAGCGCCAAGAUUGGAUUGGCUUUGGCUCUCAAACCAUAAAUAAAAAAAAUUAUCUUCCCUUUUCUUUUCUAAUUAAUAUUACUAUUAGCUAGUGAGAUCAAUAAAUUAAACCUGUCUCAAGCAUUGUUCUAAGACAUUAAUUAAUUAAUUCAUGCCAACUUUUCUUGUAUAAUUAAUUGUUGAAUGGUCAAAACCAAAUGUAGUCAAAACCAAAACCAUGCAUAUGCUGGCUGAAAUGGUCAAGUUUAUUAGAGAAACGUUUCCUUCCUUUA